UCUGCUUUGAGCCCCUCACCUCUGACAAGUGCCAGUCCCUAUGCUGGUUGGUUAUCAGACGAAGCAAUCUGUUUGGCAGUUGAGGCUGCUACAUCUAACGACACUAACGAUAGCGAGAAUGCCACUACCAGCUAUCAACUGCGACAAGUCACUCAGGCCUGGCUACGGCGGCCUGAAGUCGCGGAGCUCGUUAAUCUGGCAGUAGCAUGGGAAACGCUUGAAGCCAAUAUGAAACAGCCUCACAUUAAGGGUGGUUCCAAUUUGCCUCUUUCUGAGUAG